GUUUCAUCAGCUUUUUUUGCGUCAGCUUAUAAAUAUGUGCCUGGCAUUUCCUAUAUUGACGACGUGCAACUCUCUUACAAUAAUGGGAAUUGGCAAUGUGACCGCUUGUCUUGUCUAAAUAAAGUCUAUGGAUGCAAAAUUUCGAUUCGAAACAACCCCAGCAACAAGGACGAAUUGAUUCGCACCAGCAAAUGCUAUUUGAAAGGUGACACCAUUACUCAGCAGGUAUCAGAACCACAAUAUAUGGCGAAGCCGAAGACUGUUGCAAUUGACAUCGACUCGUAUGUGGAUGCCAAGUCACUAUAUACUACCAGCUACAGCUUGAGUUAUCAAGAAGUGAAAGGCACCAUAGAUCCAAAAGGCUGGGCCUCGGUGCAGAAGAUUACCAGAGAAAAUAUGAAGGCUGUCGAUGAGUCCAUGGGUCAGUUGAAGGACUGAACGUGAAAAGUGUUAACCGUUUUCAUAUAUGUAAAUAUGUAAUGAAAAAAUUGUAUUUUAUUUUGAGGCGAAAAUAAAAUGAGAAACUUAAUUAAA